CUCCAAAACGAUGGAGCUGCUGAACCUGAAAAACGAGGAAAACAUGUCAGUGCACACGAUGAGGUACUCCGAUUUGCAAUUCGAAACGAACACGGACAUCUCCUCCAUUGAGGAGUCCCCCUUCUUCUCCGUGGGAGAUUUUCCCAACGAAUUGCACAGCAGCUUUGACGACAUCUCGGACUACAUCUUGGUGGAUGAAUCGGACUUGAAGAGGGAGCGAUCGGACAUCACUAGCUGCGAAAGUAACAUGAUUAUGGCGACAAAGGGAGGGGGAGGAGGAGGAGGAGGAGGAUUAGGUGGAGGUGUCAUGCCAAUUAAGCGAAAUACCACUGUGAAAAUAAAGAAGGAAAUGAAGAGCGCUAGUUAUUCGGAGGAGAGCAAAACAGCUAGCGAUAAUACAAACCAUGAUGAGAAUAAAAAGCCUGGGCUUUGUAGGACCCUAGGGACGGAGGGAAGGAAGAGGAUGUUGAAGUUGUUGAGGAAGGCCUACAAGUACAAUGAGGAGUGUAAGGUCAUAAUGAAAAAUAAAAACCCCCCACUGUCUAUUAGCUACUUGCCGUAUUUCAAUCUCUCCAUGCUGUGGCAACUAGCAGAAGAUUUCGGAGUGUAUAAUGAAGCUUUAAAAAUACACAAGGAGUGCAUUAAGAAGAGGAACGCCAACGUCCGUUUCAAGCAGAGCAGCAAGAAUGCCGCAAAUUAUAACCUAUCCGAAAUGAACAAGGCGACCAAGGUCUCCAAGGCGGAGUACAUGUCCGACUACAUGUGCGCGAAUAUGGACACUCAGACGGGGGAGGACUUUGACACGACGAACACGACUCUGAAUGAUGAGGGGCAGGGCAAGAGGAAGAGGAAGAAGAGCAGCAUCUGAGUUGGGGAGGAGCGAGGGGAGAAGCGGCACGUGAGAGAAUAAGCAGCAGUUAGUCAGCCGAACCCGCGCAAAGAAGCAACAACAGUCAGCCAUACCCGCGCGCAGCUCGCCAUUGCACUACUCGGAGGAAGUUCCCUUUCAAGCGUGAACAGUCAUGUGUUUUUUUUUCCUUUUAAAGUUUGAGUUCAUUUUGUUGUAUAAUUUA